GAAAUGAAAUGAGAAAUUUAAACAUGUAUUGCUUAGAUUUCAAUCUCAAUCGUUGAAAAUACUAUUAUAAUAACUAAAAAGGUUUCUUCUAAAAUACUUGAUCAACGUUACAAAAAUCUCUCUCUCAAUCUCAGAUCUCAGGCACGAAAAGGAAAAUCCAAGCUCUUGUCUUUUACUGCUUAUAUUUUUCCCUCUCCAAUCACCCUUCAAACGCACGAGAACCCUUUCUUUUAGUCUCACAACUUGAUCAAACAAUUGCCCACAACUGCCGUUUUAUCGUCAUCAUCAGUACACACGAUUUAACCAUAUCAAAACUUGCUCUGUUUUUUUCUCUUCAAAGAUUCCAACCCGAGAAAAAGACAAACCAAAAUCGCAAUGAAAGAAGACCAACGCCCUCUUCAGCAAAGAAACAAAAGUCCCACCUCCAAACUCUUCACUCGCGGUGCCGCUUACGUUGUCCUUGUCUUGCUGAGUUACACCUUGGGUUACCUUUCUCACACCUCACCUCCCCAACAACAACAGCUGCAGCCUCCUUCUCCAGUUUUCCAACUUGCUGACUCACCAUCCCCACUCGACAACUUCCGGGUCACUGCUCCCUGCGCCAACUCCCCUCUCCCUCCCCACCUCGUCUUCCCAACGAUUCUUGACCGAGUCUUCAAUGGCUCCUCUCCUUACUCCAAUUUCCCGCCACCCUAUCUAAGCUCCUUCCUCAAGCAGAAAAGAAUCAAAGGCUGGGGCUCCUAUGGCGCCGUUUUCCAACACUUGAUUAAACGAGUCAAACCCCAAGUUAUAAUCGAAGUAGGCACUUUUUUGGGUGCGUCAGCUCUCCACAUGGUCAACGUGACUCGUGAACUCCGCCUCCAAACUCAGAUACUCUGCCUCGACGACUUUCGUGGAUGGCCAGGAUUCAGAGACCGCUUCAAGGACAUUAAGAUGAUAAACGGCGACGUUUUGUUGUUUCAACAAUUCAUGCAAAAUGUGAUUUAUUUCAAUGCCACCGGGUCGGUUUUACCCGUUCCUUUCUCAACGGCUUCUGGCCUUGAAAAGUUAUGUGAGUGGGGAAUAACCGCGGAUUUAAUAGAGAUAGAUGCGGGUCAUGAUUUCAUAUCCGCUUGGGGAGAUAUAAACCGGGCGUAUCGGAUCUUGAGACCCGGUGGGGUAAUAUUUGGGCACGACUAUUUUACCAUGGCCGAUAACCGUGGGGUAAGAAGAGCAGUCAAUUUGUUUGCGCAAAUGAAUAAUCUGAAGAUCCAAACUGACGGUCAACAUUGGGUUCUUGACACAUCUCUAGCAAAACAUAAUUGAUAGUAGUUAUAGUUUUUCUUUGGUUUCCCCAUGGUAAAUGUGUAACAGAAUUAUGAAGGGAAUUCAUACCCUUUUUAGUUUUAUUGUGUAAUAAUGUCAUUUUCCAGAGCUGAUAGUAAUUAAACAAAGAUUACCGGUUAAAAGAA